AUGAAAACGUGUGAAUCGGAACCAGAACUAGGAAGCGAUGAUGAGUCAGAGCUGUCUCGUGAAGAUUCGGACCCUACCAUGGAUACUCAUAUUCAUCGUAGCAAUCCACUUGUGGUUGAAGCACAAGUCCAGCAGCUGAAAAACAUGCAUAACCCGAUUGAAAUCAAAGUUGAAAGUCCAAUUUCCAUUGCCAACGCCAAUUCCAAUGCACAACAUCUGAUUGUUCAUCAAAAUUUCAAAAGGAUAUAUAGUUCACUUCAAAUGCGGAGACAAGCCAGUCAGUUGGUAAAGGGGCUAUGGGAACAAAUUAUGACAUUAUCGGACUCCGACAUCAUAAAACUAAUUCAAGAGACUCAAGUAUUUCAUGAUGCUGCAAAAAUAGGGAAUGUUGAGUUUCUGACUCUGCUUACUCACUCAUAUCCUGAUCUUAUAUGGAAAGUCGACUCAAAUAAAUACUCCGUAUUUCAUGUUGCUGUAAUUAACCGACAAGAGAAAGUAUUCAGCCUCAUCUACCACAUAGGAGCUGUCAAGGAUUUAAUUACACUCAAUAUAGAUAAUAAAGGAAACAACAUUUUGCACUUGGCUGGGAAAUUAGCACCUCCAAGCAGACUCAAUAUUGUAUCUGGAGCAGCUCUUCAAAUGCAGAGAGAACUACUAUGGUUCAAGGAAGUGGAGAAGAUUGUACCAUAUUCAGUACUCAAUGUGAAAAACAGAGACGACCAAACACCAAGGGAGUUAUUUUCCAAGGAGCACAAGAAGCUAAGGAAAGAUGGUGAAGAGUGGAUGAAGGAAACCGCAACUUCUUGCAUGGUUGUGGCAACUUUAAUUGCCACGGUCGCAUUUGCUGCAGCCUUUACCGUACCAGGUGGCAAUAAUGAAACAGGAACUCCAAUAUUCUUGAAGAACAGGUGGUUCACAAUUUUUGUUAUAUCUGAUGCAGUGGCAUUGUUCAGCUCGACAACUUCCAUAAUGAUGUUCUUAUCUAUCUUAACUUCACGUUACACAGAAGAUGAUUUUCUAUUUUCAUUACCAGCAAAAUUGAUGGUUGGACUAAUUUCACUCUUUGCUUCAAUUGUUUGUGUGGUCUUAACAUUUAGUGCAACCUUCUUUUUGGUUUACAACGAGGAAAAGCAAGGGCCGUUGCCGAGACUAGUAGCAUCUCUUGCUUGGCUUCCAAUCACCAUAUAUGCAGUGCUAAAUUAUAAGCUAUGGAGUGCCCUAAUCCACUCGACUUGCUGGCCGGCUAUGGUCAUGUUUCGACCAGGAAAGCAUAGGCUUUACUAA